AUACCUGGCUGCAAGCAAGUUACAGCCCGUGACCACUGUCUGCAGGAGCCAGAGAGAGUGGGGUAGGAAACGGAAGAGAACUCUUCAAUUUGGGGGAAAAGUGGAAGCCCAAUGCAGAUGCUUCUUCCCAACAUCUGAAACUCUUCAGCAAGGAUUGGAACAAUCGUGGUUAUCACUGCAAAGUCAAGAAGGAAGCUGAGAAAAGACUAAUUUAAUUCUGCAAUCAAGGCUGGCACCCAUCCCAGUUCCUCCUCUGAGAUUCAGCAGAAGAUCCCGAUGGAGGAGGGUAAUACCCAGAAAGAGGAGCCCCAGGAGGAUGGAGCUAGUGAUGAGCAACACUUAGAUUCCAGCAACAUUAUGGCAGAGCAUAGCCAUGUGCAACAACAGCUGGAUUUACAGAAUGGUAGUUUAGAGGCACGCUUUGCGGCGAAUUCCCUUGAGAACGAUCCCCAAAACAUGAUGGAGAGCCUGAGCCCGAAGAAGUAUUCUUCCAGCCUGAGAUUUAAAGCCAACGGAGACUAUUCUGGUUCCUACCUGACCCUCUCACAACCUGUGCCUGCGAAGAGAAGCCCUUCCCCUUUGGGAACCAGUGUCAGAAGUAGCCCCUCCUUGGCCAAAAUCCAGGGAACCAAGACAUUCUCUUGUGAUGGAACUGACAAGAAUAUUUCCAUGAAACCUCCUCCCACUCCUUUACGCAGCACUUCACCCUCCGUCGGUGGAUAUCCCCGUGGAAGAACGGACUUUGAUCAUUAUACUGGCCGGGACAGUGAAAGGUCCUUGAGGCUUUCGGAGAAGCCUCCCUAUUCCAAACAUAGCUCCAGAAACAAAUCCCAUGACAAUGUCUACUUUCUCGGAGGGCUGGAAAGCCGCAAGGCGUCUGGCUCCCUCCUGGCCAUGUGGAAUGGGAGCUCCCUGAGCGACACCAGCCCCUCUCCCAUCAGCAGAUCAGGGGCGGCGAGCAUGCCCUCAAGCCCAAAGCAAGCCAGAAAAAUGAGCAUCCAGGACAGCCUGACACUGCAGCCCAAAUUGACCAGACACAAGGAGCCGGCAUCUGAGAACAUCGGUGUAAGAACUAGGAAGUAUUCGGGCAGCAGCCUGAGUCACAUGGGAGCCUACAGCCGAUCGCUGCCCAGGUUGCACAGGGCCACAGAGAACCAGCUGACGCCUCUCACGUUGCCUCCGAGAAACUCUCUGGGCAAUUCCAAACGAGCCAAGCCGGGGGACAAGGACCUACCUCAUAGCAUCACAGACAACGACAAUUACCUGAAUUUUUCUUCUUUGAGCUCAGGCGCUUUACCCUAUAAAACCUCUGUGUCCGAGGGCAGUCCUUAUGUAAGCUCCACCCUCAGUGUCCCUGGCAGCCCUCGCCUGGCGCGGAAGAUGCUCCUGGCCUCCACCUCCUCCUGUACCUCUGAUGACCUCGAUAAGGCUUCCUACUCGGGGACCAGCUCCAAUCACUCGUUUCCUCCUGGAGAGCCAGACAGAGUGUUCGCGGCCAGGAGGAACUUCUCUUGUGGGUCUGUGGAGUUGGAUGAUGCAGAUUUGGAGAGCCUCAGACAGGCCUCAGGAACGCCCCAGCCUGUCCUUCGGGAACGGAAAAGCAGCAUCAGUUCCAUUUCAGGACGAGACGACCUGAUGGAUUACCACCGGCGGCAAAGGGAGGAGAGACUCAGGGAGCAGGAGAUGGAGCGAUUGGAGAGACAGCGUCUGGAGACCAUCCUCAGCCUCUGUGCUGAAUACACAAAGCCUGACAGUCGCUUGUCCCUUGGCACCACCGUGGCAGAUGUGCAGAAAAUCAAUAAGGAGCUUGAGAAACUGCAGAUCUCUGAUGAGGAUUCUGUGUUUGAAGAAGCCCUGGUGAACCCCGAUGUCAGAUACAGGUGCCACCAGAAAGGCGCUGGCCACGAGGCGGACUUGGCAGUCUUCGGGAGCCUGAGUCAGAGCAGUGCCAGCUUCCUUUCCCCCAGGAGCGCCAUGAACGAGGAACUGCUCAGGGACCUCUCCAGGACUCCCCCACCGCCCCCCUCUGCCUUUCUGAAAGCUUCCAAUGAGUCCUCUUACCUAAGUAUCCUGCCAAAGACCCCAGAGGGCAUAAGUGAGGAACAAAGGAUUCAGGAGCUGGCUGCAAUGGAGGAGACCCGGAUAACAAUUCUGAACAACCUCGAGGAACUUGAACAAAAAAUCAAAGAUAUAAAUGACCAGAUAGAUGAAUCUUCCAGAGAGUUGGAUAUGGAAUGUGCUCUUUUGGAAGGGGAGCAGAAAUCUGAAACAACUGAACUGAUGAAAGAGAAGGAGAUUUUGGAUCACAUAAACCGGAAGAUAGCAGAACUGGAAAAGAACAUUGUUGGUGAAAAGACCAAGGAGAAGGUAAAGCUUGAUGCUGAAAGGGAAAAACUAGAGAGGCUUCAGGAGCUUUACUCCGAGCAGAAGACCCAGCUGGACACUUGCCCUGAGUCCAUGCGGGAACAGUUACAGCAGCAGCUGAAGAGGGAUGCUGACCUGUUGGAUGUUGAGAGCAAACACUUUGAGGACCUGGAAUUCCAGCAGCUAGAGCAUGAGAGCCGCCUGGAUGAGGAAAAGGAGAACCUAACCCAACAGCUCUUGCGUGAGGUGGCUGAAUACCAACGGAACAUUGUUACUAGAAAGGAAAAAAUUUCUGCAUUGAAAAAGCAAGCCAACCACAUUGUCCAGCAGGCUCAGAGAGAACAAGACCACUUUGUGAAAGAAAAGAAUAAUUUAAUAAUGAUGCUGCAAAGAGAAAAGGAAAAUCUUUGUAAUCUGGAAAAGAAAUACUCCAGCCUCUCUGGGGGGAAAGGGUUUCCUGUCAACCCAAAUACUCUAAAAGAGGGCUAUAUCAGUGUAAAUGAAAUUAAUGAGCCAUGUGGCAAUUCCACGAAUCUAUCCCCUUCCACUCAGUUCCCUGCUGACGCUGAUGCUGUUGCCACUGGGCCUACCACAGCUGUACUGGUGAGCCAGCCACAAAAUAAAGAGCACUUUAGAAGUCUGGAAGAAAGGAAAAAACAGCAUAAAGAAGGCCUCUAUCUGAGUGACACUUUGCCUCGAAAGAAAAGCACUCCUUCCAUAUCCCCACACUUCAGCAGUGCUACUAUGGGGAGAAGCACCGCCCCGAAGGCUCACUUGCCCCUAGGACAGAGCAACAGCUGUGGCAGCGUGCUCCCUCACUCGCUGGCAACCAUGACCAAAGACUCAGAAUCUCGGAGGAUGCUCAGAGGGUAUAAUCACCAACAGAUGAGUGAAGGACAAAGGCAGAAAUCUUCAGAGUUUUACAACCGCACAGCAUCUGAAUCAAAUGUCUACUUGAACAGUUUCCACUACCCAGAUCAUGGCUACAAGGACCAGGCCUUUGAUACUUUGAGCCUAGACAGCUCUGAUAGCAUGGAGACCAGCAUCUCUGCUUGCUCACCUGACAAUAUUUCUAGCGCCAGCACUUCAAAUAUUGCCAGAAUAGAAGAGAUGGAGAGACUUCUGAAGCAGGCUCAUGCAGAGAAGACACGGCUGCUAGAAUCCAGGGAACGGGAAAUGGAAGCCAAAAAACGAGCUCUGGAAGAAGAGAAACGACGCCGAGAACUCCUGGAAAAACGAUUGCAGGAAGAAACUAGCCAGAGGCAGAAGUUGAUUGAAAAGGAAGUGAAAAUAAGGGAGAAACAGAGGGCACAGGCUCGACCUUUGACACGCUAUCUGCCUGUCCGGAAGGAAGACUUUGAUUUGCGGAGCCAUGUGGAGACUGCUGGCCACAAUAUCGACACCUGUUAUCAUGUAUCCAUCACAGAGAAGACCUGCCGAGGAUUCCUCAUCAAAAUGGGUGGAAAAAUUAAAACUUGGAAAAAACGUUGGUUUGUUUUUGAUCGGAACAAGCGCACGUUCUCUUAUUAUGCAGACAAGCAUGAAACGAAAUUAAAAGGAGUAAUAUACUUUCAAGCCAUUGAAGAAGUGUACUAUGAUCACCUCAAGAAUGCUAAUAAGAGUCCUAACCCAUUACUCACCUUUAGCGUCAAGACACAUGACAGAAUCUACUACAUGGUGGCCCCCUCACCGGAAGCCAUGCGGAUCUGGAUGGAUGUCAUAGUUACUGGGGCAGAAGGCUACACUCACUUCAUGUUGUAGUGAACUGGAGCGACAGUCCACUUCAGGGCAGACGGCAAUAAUCUCUUACAAGAAUGAAGCCAUAUUGUAUCCCAGAUGGAAAGACCCUACAGACCCAUCCCUUUAACUGUGCAUACUCAUAACUCUUUUCAUAUUAAGAGGAAGCCAUUUGUAAAUGAGAAGGGAUUUUAAUUCAAAGCUUGAUCAUAAAUAGCAAAAAAAUCAAGCACCUGUGAGAAAGAAAAUACUAUUUUGGUAAAUAGCAUCACUUAGAGAAGCAUUUCUAAUAAACUAUUUUUUAUCAAUUGUUGAUCUUGGUGAACUCAACAGUUUACAAAAUGUACAUACUUGGAAAUAUGUAAUUACUCUAGCACCCAAAUCAUUGGUAUUGACAUUAUUGGUAUUACCUGGCUUUUUGAAAACAGGAGCAUUUUGCUGAAGCUUAUUAUAAAUAUGAGCACACAGGGCCUUGGGGAAGAAUAUAUUACAGGAAGAACUUUUGCCCUAAUUUUUAAGUAUUGCACCAAACCAAAGACUUGACAUGACCUCUGUUUAAUGGUAGUAGUUUCAAGUGAUGAACUGCAUUUCGUGUUAUUCUACACUUUAAAAUGAUGCUUUGAUGCCAUCAAGUGCCCAGGCAGAUGACUUUGAAGAGUUGCCACCAGCAUAAGCUACUGUAUAUGUAUAGCAAACCAUUUUUUGUAAAAGAAGAAAGAACAGAAAGCUGUGUAUUUUAGAAAAAAACAGUCUUGGACAGAUAUUUUGUCACAUUGGGAAAUUAAAAUAAAGAGACUAUUUAAUAUUAGGAGCUUGUUUUCCUGAAGAUUUCUCCAUUCCUAGCACUGAAAAUACAGGUAACAGUAGCCAAUUCCUUAGAUUGUUGGCUUUUCCUUUGUUACGGAGCACACCUGUUAAUUGCAGCCUCACAUGACAUAACUAUGAAAUCAGAGUUAUGGUUUUUUUUUAACCAAAGAACAGACCAAUUAAAAUACUUAUUUACAGAAUGCUGUAGUUUUAUAAAAUAUCAAAUGAAGUUCAAUCAUGUUCUCUGAAAUGUACUAUUUUAUUAUGUAUCUCUUUACAAUAAGUCUUUGUUUCUUAGAGUUAAAUUAAUUUUUGGUUGAAUUAAAUGACUUCAGGCAAGUCUCUUUCAUAACAGUUUUUUAAUGCCAUUUAUCAUGGUUUGUUAUGUUGUGUGUUUGUAAGUAUGAAUGUACUUUCCUAAAACGUGGCAAAUGAAUAGAAGUAGAAAAUAAUGACAUUACUUACUAGUGAAGGUGAAAUGAUUAGAAGUGUCUAUGAAAUGUUUGUCAGGCCUGACUGGGUACAAUUUUUUACAUUUGCAGUGUGCUUUGUGUAUAUGUAUACAUACUGCCAAUAAUAAGAUUUUGCAACUGGAUGACACAUGAUUUUACUUGAACAAAAGAGGACAAAAUCACGAUUGCAGGAGACAUUUUUAUUAUCUGGGUUUGUUUUUUCAGAAAUCACCCUUAAAUCUUCUAAUGAUCUAAAAAAGUGAAUAUAAUCGCUUAAAUUUUCUUGGUUUAAUGUAAAGAUACAACUUUUUUUGUACUGCACUCUCUGCAUCGGAUUGUAAAGAUAUUCUAAUCAACUUUAUAUCUUGCAUGAUGUAGUAAACCUUUUAAAAAUGUGUGUUAAAAUGUGUUGAGUUUGGAUUAAAAUGUUGACCAGA